GUUCCUUCGUCUCGGUCUGCCAACCCAGCCAUUGCAUACUGCCACUCGGCUACACUUUUUUCUGUUUUUUAGAGAGAGAAACAAAGAACCAAACCAAACGUUUCGUUUUCGUUUUUUUCGUUUUCUUCAAGAACUCAAAUCACAAAAACCAAACCCUCUCUCUUCCCCAACUAAAACACCAAACCAAUAUUUUUAAGCUUUUGAAUCCAUUGAAGAUUUCUAGUUCUUGUGGUGUGAGCUUGGUUUAUGCUGUUGAUGAUUGAAAGCUGUUAUUCAUUUACAUAGAUGAAUACAGCGAAGUUUUGGGGUCGAACUGUGGGCGAUAUGCAGAUCUUUUCCGGAUCACGAUACCGUGUUCCGAUGAAGAAGCUGAUAAGGAUUGGUGUUCUGGUUUCAUUUGUAAUCAUGUUUGUUGUAACUUGUGCUUAUCUUUACCGGCUGCAAAACCGUACAAUUUGUAACAAGUUCUCUACUAGAAAGUGCAAAGAAAUUGCUGAUUGGCUUCCUCCUGUUCCUGUAAGGGAAUACACUGAUGAUGAGAUUGCAGCACAGGCUGUUUUUAGAGAUAUUUUGAAUACACCGGUAGUUAUGCCAACGAAUCCGAAAAUCGCUUUCAUGUUUUUGACGCCGGGGUCUCUACCGUUUGAGAAAUUGUGGGAUAACUUCUUCCAAGGUCAUGAAGGGAAGUUUUCCAUUUAUGUGCACGCGUCUAAGACCAAACCAGUUCAUGUGAGCCGUUACUUUGUUAAUCGGGAUAUACGUAGUGGCCAGGUGGUAUGGGGUAAAAUGUCAAUGAUUGAUGCAGAGCGACGACUCCUGGCAAAUGCGCUACAAGAUCCUCAUAACCAGCAUUUUGUUUUACUUUCUGAUAGCUGCGUGCCGCUGUAUAAUUUCAGUUAUAUUUUCGAUUAUCUGAUGUAUACAAAUAUCAGCUUUGUAGACUGCUUUCGCGAUCCUGGUCCUGUUGGCAAUGGCAGAUAUUCAGAACGCAUGUUACCUGAAGUCGAGGUUAAGGACUUCAGAAAGGGUGCUCAGUGGUUCUCUAUAAAACGGCAACAUGCUAUUAUGGUUAUGGCUGAUCACUUGUAUUACUCAAUAUUUCAGGCUCACUGUGAGCCCGGUGUAGAUGGGAAGAAUUGCAUUGCAGAUGAGCAUUACUUACCGACUUUCUUCACGAUUGUCGAUCCUGGCGGAAUUGCAAACUGGUCAGUAACUCAUGUUGACUGGUCUGAACAAAAAUGGCAUCCAAAAUCGUAUGUGACUCAGGAUAUUAGUUACAAUCUUUUGAACACUAUUACGUCCAUCGACGAAAGCGUGCAUAUCACUAGUGACGAGAAGAAAGAAGUACUACAAUGGCCUUGCUUAUGGAAUGGAAUUCAGAAGCCGUGUUACCUAUUUGCUAGGAAAUUCACACCGGAAACACAAGACAGUUUGUUGAAGCUUCUCUCCAAUUAUUCAUCCUCUUGAGUCAGCGAUUUUUUCUAUCAAUUCUUUGGCUGGAUCAGACGUUGCUUUCGGCCUACGUUUUGGUUUCUCAUAUAUGUAACAUGAGUUGUAAAUUGUAGCAGAGUUGCGGUGAUCACAUGAUAGCUGUUGAUAUUGUGUCAAGUUGAAGGUACUGGCAAUGCAGUUAGAGCGGUUUUAUAUAGGAAUUAUAGGUGAUUGAUAGGAUGGAUCAUUUCCACCCUCUCCGAUUUUGGUUUAUUAAAGUUUUGCAAUUGCAUAGCAUGUUUUGAGGGAGAGGGUGGAUGGUACUCAUUUUCUGGUCUUUUGUAAAAUUUACAUAGUGAUUGAAUGAAAAUACAAAUAGUGUUGCAGUUUGAUUUGGAUUUGAAAUGUGGGGAAGUCUUUAAGGUCAAAAGUGUGCAGCUUUUGUUUGGUGUUGGAUUUGGGCCAAAGAAGUUCUGAAGUUAGACCUGCCAUAAUAGUUUCACCAUUACCAACCAUCACAUUUGAAACCUGGUGCAUGCUCAACAAGGCCUUUGACCGUUAUAGAUGUUACUUCCCAUUUAUCCCCUUUUUCCUUCUUUGUAUAGGCUUCAUGUGUUAGAUUCCUAUUCAAGUAUAUCUUAUGAUACGAGGCCGAGACAAUUUCUUGAGUCAAAGCCAAGUCGUCCUCAUCAUACAAUGACCUCGCCCGUAGAGGAUGGCGUGGCAAGUUAGCGCAUAUGACUCGGGGACAAUUUCACCAUGCCAAUUUAAGUACUGUCUAAUAGAGGGGGUGGAUUGAGGUCGGUUAAUGCAAAGUGGGAUUGGAUCACUUAUAUCUGUAGUGGUCCAAUAAGCAUAAUAGUUCACAAUUUGUCAAUCAUGAGAUCAGUAAAAGAUAAGUGAUUAAGUCAAAAGAUAU